GCAUUUGCUAUUCGUGAACCUAAAUUUCACUACAAUGAUGAUGUUUCUCAAAAUGAUGUCGAUGUUCAUCGUGGAACUCUUCUAUCUACUGAGAACUUGUACUGCUGAAGCUGUUGAUGAAAACCUUGUACAAACCUUUUUUUCCUUAUCCAAAUUCCAUAUCUUAAUAGCUACAAUGUUUCUUCUAAUCCUUACUAAACAAUUCUACAAUUUAUCGACAUCGAAUAAAGUUUAUCUCAUAGACUUCUCUUGUUACCAGCCGCCCACUUGGUUACGUGCACCUGUCUGUUCCAACCUUGAACACUUCGAACAAGGUAAAUAUUUCAACAAGGAAAGCAUGGAUUUCGUGACGAAACUACUUCUCCGGUCAGGUAUAGGAAGCAGUACGCAUUUUCCUAGAGUGAUGAGCAACAUCCCCCCGGAACCAUGCCUGGAAGAUUCUUUGCAAGAGGUUAAGGACAUCGUUUUUACAUCGGUUGAAGAUCUAUUCCAUAAAACCAACAUUACAAACCCAAAAAUCAUCGAUAUUCUUAUAGUGAAUUGUAGUAUGUUUAACCCUACUCCUUCCAUUUCCUCUAUGAUCAUCAACAAGUUUCAACUGCGAAGUAAUAUCAGUAGUUAUACCCUCUCUGGAAUGGGUUGCAGCGCCGGCCUUGUCUCUAUUAGUUUAGCCAAAGACCUUCUGAAAGUCCAUAAGAACUCAUUAGUUCUCAUCCUGUCGUUUGAAAUACUGACAAAUAGUGGGUAUUUUGGUAGAAAGAAGUCAAUGCUUUUGUCUAACACGCUUUUUCGAAUGGGAGGGGCUGCUAUACUCUUAUCAAACAAGAGCCAAGACCGAAAAAUUGCAAAGUAUACGCUCCAGCAUAUCAUCCGGACAACCAUGGCCUAUGACGAUCAACCAUACCGUGCGGUGCAUCUAGGACCAGAUGAAGAUGGACUUAUUGGUGUCUCAUUGUCGAAGGAUAUCACAAAGGUGGCAGUAAAAGCAUUAACGACCAACAUUACUUCAUUGGGUCCUCGUGUGUUGCCUUAUUCAGAACAACUCAGAUAUGGCUUAACAUACACAAGGCAUAAAAUUUGCCCCCCAGCCAAAACUGAUGGUAGUAUUCCUGUGCCUAAUUUUAAGAAGGCUUUCGAACAUUUUUGUAUACAUGCUGGAGGAAGAGCAGUGAUCAAUGUUGUUCAGAAGAGCCUUAGCUUGACUGACGAAGACACUGAAACGUCGAGGAUGACAUUGUAUAGAUAUGGAAACACUUCAGCGUCAUCAGUAUGGUAUGAGCUUUGUUACAUAGAAGCUAAAGGGAGGAUGAAGGUAGGAGAUAGGGUUUGGCAAAUAGCGUUUGGUAGUGGAUUUAAAUGCAACAGCGCCGUAUGGAAAUGCACGUCAAAGAUUGAUGCAACGGUUAAAAAUGCAUGGUCUGAUCGAAUUGGUAGGUAUCCUGUGGAGGUGCCUGAAGUAUUCGAUUAUUAAGAACUACUGAUUUGGUUAUUAUGUAUCACUUAAUCAGUACCCAAUUGCCUAAUAUUACGAAAAUACAUGGAUUUCAAAUUCUGGUUCUUUUUCAAACAAUUUCUACACCUAUCAGACAGGUCCAGAAUAGAUAUUGACCAAUAAAUGUAUGAUGUGAAGUCUAUCAAACCAUAAAAACCGUAAUCAACUUGCUAAUUAGGAUUAGUUAAGUGCCUUGGGUUUCUGAACGUGUGUGAAGAAUAACAAGGCAAUAGGUCUCACAGUAAAGAAAAGGAAAGGAUCAUUUCCAACUCUCAAAUUGAAACUGACAACAUCGGUGAGAUAAAACCUUCUAAUUUUAUAGAUGCAGAGGCUAAUAAGCACCACAAUCAAAAUUUGUUUUUGAUAUGUAUGAAAUCAUUAAUUACGGAAUACUGGUCAACACCAUUUAUCCUGGAACUGAUCUUCUCCUUGAUAAAGUAAACAAAGCUCCCAAGGACUAUUACAAAACUGAAUCUACAGAUAACCUACAGUAUCGAAACAC